UCCACAUCAACUUUAACACCGCUUCAGACAAUUUGGCAGUGCCAAGGUCGCAUCCCAGCUGCAAAAUCAGAGCAUAUGCAGUGAUGGUGACAGUGACAGUCUGGACGAAGUAGAGAUAGAGUUACGGGAGCAUACAGAAAACCUAGUCGAAAAUGUUGUUGGCAAGGGUCUUAACUCUGCACCAAUAGGACAGAUGUAUCACAAUGAACAGUAUGGUGGUGUACCUAAUAUCAAUGAUCCCAUGCAAAGUCAUGUGCUUGUGAGGAAAGUCAUUCACCAGAUUGUCGACGAGGUGUCUAGCUUAUCAGUAUUCGAGGAUAGGGAAGUCUGUGAUGAGAACUCAGCAAAUGCACUGCAGGUAUAUGAGGACUUGUUAGCAUCUGCUAUCAUCAAUAAGGUUGUCUAUGACUAUCAGCUGCAGCAAGCAGAGAAAGUUCAUGAAGAUAAGCGCAUGGAACAGUUGCAAACUACUAAUGUCACUGAGGAAGUUGGCAGAGAUCUGGGCAAGAGGUCAUCUCAUUCCAUUGCUCUUGGUGAAAGUACGUCAAUGCAGAAUGGUAGCUUAGUAGAGCGCACGAGGGAUGACUUCAUGAUUGCAUCACUGGAUAAUGAGGAUGAAGUGGAUUCACACUGGGAGGGGCUCGAUCACCUCCAGUAUCAUAAGGUUAAAUUGCCCACAAUAACACUUGGGUUAGACGAUCAGGAAGCUAUAGAAAACUGGUACUUUAAGAAUGAGCAGAAUCUUCUCACUUCAUACACGACAAGAAAAGGCAUGGAGUACAAAGUUGCACGAGACCUGGAGGAGUCGGUGUACAUGUAUGUCCCUGAACAGAUGGACAUAGUGAAGCCAAGAAUUGGAGACAGGGACGUUGAUGAGAUCAUUGAGCUGGCAGAAGCGGAUGCGAUAGAAUCAACUUUUGAUUUUGAUAUAAAAGCCUCACAGGAGUUUCAUGAGAACAACAUUGUUAAUUUUGAGCACUGGCGGCAGGACCGCACAGCAGUGAGAAGACAAGAUAAAGACCAUCUGCUACUUGACACUUAUGGUGGAGUAUUUGGGGAAUAUCAUGAUGAUGUCGACUACAUGCGCGCAGAAAUGGCUGCUCAGCGCGCCAUGCAAGCAGAAGAAACAAACCGUUCCUUGGAUGUUACGUAUGCCAGCUUGCCACGAGAGAUAAGCAAAGAAUCGCUGGAGACAAGUACAGUGCACUCAGAAGACUCAAGACGACUUUCUGUCAGUUCAUCUCUGUUCACCGACAUGCUUGAGGAUGGCAGCUUCUCUAAACAGCCAACAACAGACCCUGCAUUUAGAAUGAAGCCACGAGACUGCUUGAUAAAGGUGGGGGAGCCAGUCCGAUUCAAGACCAGAGUGAAAGGAACACAGCCUAUAGAUGUGUUUUGGUACCGAGUAAGCGAGGAAGGGACGAAAGAAUUGGACGGCGAACAAUAUCACACAUACUGCGAUGAAGGCGUGCACUAUCUGGAGAUAUAUGACACAAGUUCUAAGGAUGCUGGCGAAUAUAUGUGUGUGGCUGUCAAUGAAAUGGGGGAGUGCAGCAAAUUCUUCAUGCUAAACAUCAGAGAGAGCGAUGAGCAGGAGCAGGCACCGCAAUUCAAAUUGAAGUUGCGCAACCAGAAAGUUACUGAGGGUGGCCCGGCUGAGUUCAUGUGCAUUGUGACGGGAUAUCCUAUACCCUCACUUAACUUCUAUAGGAAUGGCAAGAGAAUAGCAAACUGUGAUCGCUACACAAUUGAGAGUCUCGGAGGAGGGGAGUGGACACUUGUCAUCCACCCAACGACCUUGAUUGACAAUGCUAUGUUUAUGGCUGUGACGAAGAACCGACUAGGGAAAGAGGAGUGCUCUGCGAACCUAACCGUGGUCUCCAAAGGAAAGAAAAGUGCUUCAUUGAUAGACCUCUCCUCUAGGCUGGCUGAUAUUGAAUUCAGGCAGCUGAAUCGAUCAGGAUCUGAGAUGACUGUGUCUAGUAAGGAACAAGGUCUAAAAGUACCACCUAGAAAUAAGAAGAAGCUGGUGUCACCAUCAGAAAUUCCUAUACACAAUGAGCUGCAGAAAUACUAUGAUGAGAUGAAGGCAGAGAGGGAGAGGCAGGAACACGAGGCAUAUGAGCCGGCCAGGCAUAAGUCUACAUAUAACAUAAACAUAGAUAAUCUACCACCACCUGACCCUGAGGAGGACGAGAGUGUGACGCGAGAGCGUGUGACGCGAAUCAUUGAAGAGAGGACCCGCAGAGAGAUGCUGAAGCUCACUGCUGGCAAGAUGAAACCUGUGCCGCAGCCAGAGAGACCAUGGCCAAAGGUGGAGCUGAAAAGAGAGAGGCCGCCUCCAAUGACUAGAACGCAGGAUGAUCGACGCGUUCCAUAUCAGGAGUUUGAGAAGAUAUUCUAUGGUGGGGAAGAAAACGUACCACACCCCCUGGUUGGGGAUCAUGUCGGUGAGACUCCUUAUGACAUCUACAUAACUGAAGGAGAAGCUCGCAUCGACUGUGGCCUGAAGAGCAUCAAACAGGAGCAGUACUUGAGAGACUACUACGUGCAGGGUUUGAAAAAACAGCAGCAUAAACCGGCUGAGAAGCCAUCAACUAGCGGAGAUAUGAUUGUAAAGAAUGUGAAUGUACCAGUAAAACCACCUGAAACAGAAAAAGACAUCAGCAUAAUUGUGAAGAAAGAGAAAGUAAAUAAGAAGGAUGUUGACGUAACUGUAAAGAAACAGCCAGCUGCAGAGACCGACGUAAAUGUCACUGUGAAGAAACAACUCACAGUUAAAGAAGACCUCAACAUCGUAGUAUCGAAACAACCCAUAAUCAAAAAGGAUGUAAACAUAACUGUGACGAAAAAGCCAGCUACCGAGAAAGAUGUUAGCGUAAUGGUGAAGAAACAACCUAGGGUUGAAAAGGAUGUCAACGUCACAAUAAAGAAACAGGCAGUGACUGAAAUGGUGAAGCUUGUAAAUGCUCCGAAAAUCUAUAAACCAGAACCUCCAGAUGAUCCGAAGGUUGUUAUAGCAGAGCAGAAGAAACCACCAGCUGACACAGAGAUUCAGGUUCAGACACCUCGAGUGGCUGCACCCGUCACUAAACCAGCUUCAGAUGUCAACCUGGAAGUUACCCUUCAGCCGCACAUAGACAAGAGCAUGAAUGCAAACGCUGAAGUAAAAAUACAAAGUCCCAAAGUAAAGCAGCAUGCAAGCGAGUUUAAUGUUAAAGUGCACAAGGAUCUCAAUGUUCCGAAACCCAGCUCUGAUGUCAAAGUUCAAACACCGAAAGUUCACCAUGAUGCUGAUGUUGUUGACGUCAACCUGGAAGUUAUCCUUAAGCCGCACAUAGACAAGAGCAUGAACGCAAACGCUGAAGUAAAAAUACAAAGUCCCAAAGUAAAGCAGCAUGCAAGCGAGUUUAAUGUUAAAGUGCACAAGGAUCUCAAGAUUUCCGAAACCCAGCUCUGA